GCCGCCUCUCAGCGAUUCCUCGUGCUCCGCAGCUAGCUCGCUACCCAAUUACCAUUUCGUUCGUCUCCAACUCCGCGGACAAACGCUCGACAACCCCUCGAUCUAUCAUAAUGAGCUCUUCGUGCGUCGUACCUGUGUCGCCUGUGGCCGCGCUCAAGCGCGCACGCAGCGCCGACGACGACCUGCGCCUCCUCAAGGUCAGCAAGCAGGCCAGCGACGCCUCGCCGCACUCGCCUCGCGCCGUGGCCGCCGUGUUGGCUCAGCGUCAGCAACAGAUUUUACAGCAACAGGCGCAACACCAGGAGGCCGUGUCGCCCUUCGUGCUGGCUUGCGGUAACAUUCGCUACGCCAUCACCUUCAUCCAGAACUCGCGCCGCCACGCGCUCGCGCUGUGUCUACAGAACCAGUGGGAGCGUGCGCUAACUGUUCUCGAGAAGAUCGAGCGUGCGAACGAUAAGAUCUCACGCCAGCGCCGCACCAAGGUGCGCGAGCAAGCGAACGCCAAUCCCGACCGCAUCUUCGACGCGCAGGCCAUUCCGGCGCACCCGCCGCAAGUGCCCUCGCCCGUCAAGGCUCGCAAGCCCAAGCGUACCGUGCGCUUCAGUGAUGAAGUGCAAGUCGCCGAGACGGAGAUGGUCGACCGCUCACCCGCCCCCAUGCCCAUGCUCAUGCGCGAUGAGAUCCUGGUGCUACGUGCAUCCCGUCCGAUCCCGCUCCGCAACUUCUCCGAGUUCUGGAGCGCCAUUCUGUAG